AUGGAAACAGUCGACGGCUCGCCGUCCACACUCCAAUGGUAUGAGGAAAGCCGCUUAAAAUAUCAACAAGUAGAGGUUGGGUUUUGGAGCGUACCGAAAGAAUAUGUCAAGUUCAAAAUCUCUCCUACAUUGAACAUCACCCAUAUUGGCACUGCCACCGCCAUUCUCGAACUUAACGGUUUUAACAUGCUCACUGAUCCUUUCUUCUCACCCGCUGGAUCUACGUGGCCAAUCACCGACAAGGUUGCCCUUACUGUGGAAGACGAUCUUGCUCUCCGUCUAGAGCAACUCCCUGUUAUUGAUGCUGUACUUCUGAGCCACGAAGAUCACCCCGACAACCUGGAUGAGCUGGGCCGGCGCCUUCUAAAUGACCGCCGCGUCUUCACCACUCUUUGGGGAAAGAUAGACACUGUCAUCGCCGGACAGAAGCCCCAGAUCAUUGGCACUUCAACACAGCAUUUGCCUGGUGGUGAAUACACUGGCUUCAUUGUCACAGGAGAAGGAUUCGGAACUGGUCGGGACGGUCUUCCAAACGCAAUCUGGUUCUUAGACGACACUGUGUACAUCGACGAAUUGAAGAAGAUGGCUGAAGAGUAUCAUAUUUGCGCUGCCGUUCUCAACCUAGGCAACGCAUAUGCCCCUGCGAAUCUUGAGGGCCCUAAUGGUCCCCUGCUGCAGAUUACCAUGGAUGGCAAAUCGGCUGCUAGGUUAAUAAAAACAGACGUCCUGGUCCCUAUGCAUUAUGAGUCGUGGGGCCAUUUCACACAGUUCGGGGAGGAGCUGGCCGAAGGUUUUGAGAGUGAGAGCGUUAUGGAUAAGGUGUGUUGGCCGAAACCAGGAGAGGCAGUGUCUGUUUCUCCUGUAUACAACCACUAUGCCUGA